AUGGCUUUAAUCCGAAUCGCAAUUGUGGGAGCUGGUCCAGUGGGCCUACUGCUCGCUCGCUUGCUCCUCGAUAAACCUGGCAUUGAAGUGAUUGUAUUUGAAUCAGAUCAAUCACCAGAUUGCCGCGGACAGGGUGGAAGCUUGGAUUUGCACCCGAAUACCGCAAUCGCCGCUCUGAAGGAAGCAGGCCUGUAUGAGUUGUUUUUGAACCGUGCUCGCUUUGAUGGAGAAGCUCUGGUCAUCUGUGAUAAAAGAUUCACCAAAUAUGUCGACCUACCAGGAACUAGCGAGGAUACAUCCCGUGGUCGCCCGGAGAUCGAUCGAUCAUCCCUGCGUGAGAUGCUCCUCCAAUCUGUCCCUCCUGAGAUGGUCAGAUGGGGCUGGCGCUUAUCCUCUAUCGACGCGCGGCACAACUUGGUUUUCGAAAAAGGCACAGAGGGCGGAUUCGGUCUCAUUGUUGGCGCGGACGGUGCAUGGAGCAAAACACGACAACUACUCUCAAGUCAAAUGCCAACGUAUUCUGGGAUCAGUGGUAUCACCUUUACCAUCCCAGAUGCCAAAGAGAGAGCACCGGAGUGCUACGACAUUGUGAAUCGAGGAUCCGUAUUCGCAUACUCGGAUGGAAAGGGGAUUACUGGACAACAGGAAGGGAACGGGAGCUUGAACAUCGCUGCCUGGUACAAGAAAAAAGAGGACUGGAAGGAGAGUUCAACACAUGAUGUCAGUACUGUUCAAGCAGCGAGGAACCAGGUGCUCGACAUCUAUCAGGACUGGGACUCACAACUGGUCGACCUCAUCCGCCAUGGUGAGAAUCCAGUAGCCCGCUCCCUAUACAUGCUCCCUGUCGGUUGGAAAUGGAAGCAUCGCCGUGGAGUGACAUUGAUUGGGGAUGCAGCACACGUAAUGACACCUUUUGCUGGAGAAGGAGUCAAUUUGGGUAUGCAAGAUGCACUUUUGCUGUCGCGGGCAAUCCUCAAGGCAUCCAGAUCUUCAGACCCAAUCUCUCAGCUCCCGAUACAGGUCAUGAGGUUUGAAGAUGAUCUCUUCGUGCGGGCAAGGAAGACUGCAGAGCUAACGCGAGAUAUGAUGCAGUGGUGGUUCUUUACUGAAGACUCGCCCCGAUCAGUUGUGGAGAAAGUUGCGAUUCGUAUGACAACGUUUCACAAAUCAGGCCCUCUUGCUUAUGUGACUCUUCCCUUUCUGACAGCAGGUGUAUACGUGUACUAUUAUGUGUUCAAGUGGUUUCAUUGA